AUGCCCCGCUGUGGGAAUGGAAACUACUCCUUGCCCAAGAUCGCGGCCGAGCGCGAAGAGUAUGCUCCUACGCCGCUGCCGGCGACCCGGCCACGAGCACUAACCGCCCCGCUCGUAUCGCCAUCGCUGGUCCAGCCCCCUGACAACGGCCAAAGGAAGCGGAAAUGGGGCCUCUUCUGGAAGAAAAUUGACAGGCCGCUGCAGCCCCAGACCACUUGCGACCAGCGCCAGUGCCUACUGCUGUCCCGACUCCCGCCCGAGAUCCGCCUCGCGAUCUGGAAAGAGGUCCUGGGCGGGCUGCGCGUGCAUGUCGUGCAGGCCCGCGAGAAGAGGCUCCUGGGCAUCCGAUGUAACGAGCAUGAAGAGGAUCUCGAGAACAAAUGUCCCGGCGCACAUGAAUGCUGGGGCAUGUCGACGGCCGCGAGUCUCGGUUAUGACUUCCGCGAGGUCGGUUUCUAUAUGUACCCCACGGAGCCAGUAUGCUAUGCCAACCUGCUGCCGCUGCUAAAAACCUGCCGGUUAAUAUACUCCGAGACGGUUAACCUGCUCUACACGGAAAACAUCUUCUCUUUCAACCACAUUGACACCGUCAUCCGCCUCGGGCAGACCGUCCUACGGCCCCGGCUGAAUCGGAUCCGCGUCGUGCAUCUGUUCCACUACUUCGCAUGGCAGAUGUAUUCACAGAUCCGCCCGGCGCCGGAGGACGAGGACUCCAAGCCCGAGUGGCUCCUGCCGCCGCACGAUCCGGACACGUGGAACGAAUGCUGCCGCGCGCUGGCCAGCCUGGCCGGGCUGGAGGAGCUCUACCUGUAUCUCAGCGGCGUGGCUGUGGCGCCGGCGCCGUACCCGGUCGAGCGGCUGUUGCAGCCGUUGCGGCAGGUUCGCGCCUCGCGGGUCUUUGAGGUGAGCAUGCCGUGGGAUAAGGAUCCGGCCGAGGUGGUGGAAUUGGAUGACGACAUGCCUUUUCGGAUUGUGUCGAGGGGAUCCAAAGGAUGCUGUGGUUACGAUUGA